UUCUCCUCCCGCGGAGCCGCACCGGCACGUGUAAAAGGGCGCAGGCAGCGUGAGAUCGGUCCCGCUGUCCUCUUUGGUCCCCGUGUGUGGCCAUGGCUUCCGCAGCCGGCACCGGCUCAGGCGCGGAUGACGGUGGCCGCAGGAAGCCCCGUUUGGCGGCGUCGUUGCAAAUCAACCCCAGGCCCAGGCCCUGGCGGCCCACGGCCAGCCUGGGUCAAGAUCCCUGGGAGCCCGCGGUCACCCCCAAGGCGGAGAAUGACGAGGGGGGCGGACAGCCCCAGGCCUCAGCAGCAGGGGACGGGCCUGCCGGGGACCUCCCAACGGCAGCCAGGCAGCUGGGCCUGCAGCUCAAGGACCCGCCACAGGGCCAGGCCGUGGCCUUGCUUGCGCAGUAUGCAGCCAGUCUGGGUGUCUCACUGACCUUCCAAGAGGACCAGACAGCAGAGCCCCCAAAGGACCCCAGCAAGCCUCCAGUCGCCCCUCUGAGUGUAGAGAACAUCCUGACCCACGAGCAGCGCUGUGCGGCCGUGGUCAGUGCUGGCUUUGACCGUCUGGUGGAGCAGACCUCACCGUACCGGGCCUGUAAGGGGACUGUGGCUGCCAUCAUCUUGGAGAGAGAGGUCCCAGGUGCCAGGGGCACCGCCAAGGAGAUCUAUGAGCUGGUGGCACUGGGCACAGGCAGCAGCAGCUGUGCCGGCUGGCUAGAAUUCACCGGACGGCAGCUGCACGACUGCCACGGGCUGGUGGUAGCCCGCCGGGCCCUGCUCAGGUUCUUUUUCCGCCAGCUCCUGUUGGUGACACAGGGUGGCCCCAAGGGCAAGGAACGGUCGGUACUGGCCCCCCAGCCUGGGUCUGGGCCCCCCUUUGCCCUCAAGCCCCGGAUCUUCCUGCACCUCUAUGUCAGCAACACCCCCAAGGGAGCUGCUCAUGACAUCUAUCUCCCACCAACCUCUGAGGGCAGCCUCCUGAAGAGCCCGCCCUCCCGCCUGCAGGCCCAUGUCCGCGGGGAGCUGAAGCCUGUGUGCUACGUGGCCCCCGCGCUCCGGGACACCCAUGUGGGCUGCCUCUCCACCAGUGACAAGCUGGCUCGCUGGGCCGUGCUGGGGCUGGGUGGCGCCCUGCUCGCCCACUUCCUGCCUCCCCUCUAUGCCACCAGCCUUGUCCUGGCUGACCCCUGCCACGACCCCCCAACUGUGAGCAGGGCCAUUCACACCCGGCCCAAUCUAGACAGGGUCUUGGGGCCGUGCCUGCCACCCCCCUACGCCCGUACCAUGCUGCACCUGUUUGCAGGGCCCCCCGUGGCCCCCUUGGAUCCUACCCCCAACACCUGCCAUGGCCUGAGCCUCAACUGGAGCCUGGGGGACACCGAUGUCGAGGUUGUGGAUGUGGCCACGGGGCAUGUGAAGGCCGAUGCUGGCCUUGGGCCCCCCUCCCGCCUCUGCAAGGCAGCCUUUCUCCGGGCCUUCCGCCAGGCUGCCAGAGCUCUCGGGAAGUCCCGCCUCCUGACCUUGAAGACCUAUGAGGCAGCCAAGGCUGGACCCUACCAGGAUGCUCGCAGACAGCUGUCCCUCCUCCUGGACCAGCAGGGCCUGGGGGCUUGGCCCUCGAAACCACUGGUGGGCAAAUUCAGAGGCUGAAGCCCACCUCCUGAGCGAGCUGGAUCCUGCUGGAGAGGGUCGCUUCUGGGGAGGGCUGGGGAGGUGCAUGGGGGAUGGAAGAUGCGCAGGGCAAAGUUGGGGUUGCGGGGAG